AACUCGAUCCGCCACAACCUGUCCCUGCACAGCAAGUUCAUCAAGGUUCACAACGAGGCCACUGGCAAAAGCUCUUGGUGGAUGCUGAACCCCGAGGGAGGCAAGAGCGGCAAAGCCCCCCGCCGCCGGGCCGCCUCCAUGGAUAGCAGCAGCAAGCUGCUCCGGGGCCGCAGUAAAGCCCCCAAGAAGAAACCACCUGUGCUGCCAGCUCCACCCGAAGGUGCCACUCCGACGAGCCCUGUCGGCCACUUUGCCAAGUGGUCAGGCAGCCCUUGCUCUCGCAACCGUGAAGAAGCCGAUAUGUGGACCACCUUCCGUCCACGAAGCAGUUCAAAUGCCAGCACUGUCAGCACCCGGCUGUCCCCCUUGAGGCCAGAGUCUGAGGUGCUGGCGGAGGAAAUACCAGCUUCAGUCAGCAGCUAUGCAGGGGGUGUCCCUCCCACCCUCAAUGAAGGUCUAGAGCUGUUAGAUGGGCUCAAUCUCACCUCUUCCCAUUCCCUGCUAUCUCGGAGUGGUCUCUCUGGCUUCUCUUUGCAGCAUCCUGGGGUUACCGGCCCCUUACACACCUACAACAGCUCUCUUUUCAGCCCAGCAGAGGGGCCCCUGUCAGCAGGAGAAGGGUGCUUCUCCAGCUCCCAGGCUCUGGAGGCCCUGCUCACCUCUGAUACGCCACCACCCCCUGCUGACGUCCUCAUGACCCAGGUAGAUCCCAUUCUGUCCCAGGCUCCUACUCUUCUGUUGCUGGGGGGGCUUCCUUCCUCCAGUAAGCUGGCCACGGGUGUCGGCCUGUGUCCCAAGCCCCUAGAGGCUCCAGGCCCCAGCAGUCUGGUUCCCACCCUUUCUAUGAUAGCACCACCUCCAGUCAUGGCAAGUGCCCCCAUCCCCAAGGCUCUGGGGACUCCUGUGCUCACACCCCCUACUGAAGCUGCAAGCCAAGACAGAAUGCCUCAGGAUCUAGAUCUCGAUAUGUAUAUGGAGAACCUGGAGUGUGACAUGGAUAACAUCAUCAGUGACCUCAUGGAUGAGGGCGAGGGACUGGACUUCAACUUUGAGCCAGAUCCCUGAGUCAUGGCUGGAAGCUUUGUCCCCUGCUGCAGAGGUGGAGCCAGGCGUGUCCAUAUCUACUCUUUACCCUUGAGCCCUCCCCAGGAAUUUGGGACCCUGCUUUAGUGCUAGGGUGGGUCUGGUCACACACAGGUGUUGAAGAAAUUAUAAAGAUAAAGCUGCCCCAUCUGGGGGCGACAUGGGGAGGGAGAUGGGAGGGGAAAGGGGAGAGGGUUUUUCUCACUGUGCCAAUUAGGGGGUAAGGCCCCCUCUCAGGAGCCAUCCUCGGCUUUCCCUAUUCCUACCCUCUAGGCUUUGUAGCGAGAUGAGCAACGCUGUUGGAAAUGCGAAGUCACCAGUGGCCUUACCCCUGCCUUUGGGAGCAGGAUUUUUUGUAGAGUCUUAGCUGAGCCAGGCUAGCUGGAGCCUGGGAUUUCUAUGCAGUGGCCCCUUAGGCCAGUGAUGUGGGGUGGGUGGGCAGUUUAGGGGAUCUGGAAGGGCCAAGGUCUGAGCACCGGAGUGGCUCGCCAGGCCAAAUCACCCUUAGAAGGCUGCAGAUAACAGAAAGGCUUUUUAUAAACUUUUAAAGAAAUACAAACACAAACAUAGAGAUUUUUUUUAACCGUGGCAGGGUGCUAGUGGUGGGCAGAAUGCUUUUUUUUUUCUUUCUGAAGGCUUUGUGAUAGUGACAUGAUACAAACACUACAGACAAUAAAUGCUAGGAGAGACACAAGGAAGUGGGGAGAAGUGGGGAGUAAUAGUAAACACAGGGAAGAGCUCCCCUAUGGACCAGGUGUAGAGAAAGGUCUAUGCAGAAAUAGGUUGGAGUUUCCCUAAGGAAAAAGCUAACCCAGGUCCCCUCAUUCCUUCAACUUGUGCCUGGAAGUGUGUGGUGUUGGGGCGCAGCCACACUCUUCUAUGACCCAGCAUGGGUUAGUGCUACAGUGGGAGAGUAAAUUGAAGGCCUGGAAUUAGCUUGGGGCCAGGGAAGGGACUGGGAGGGGAGAGAAGAGGAGGGAAGGAUUUAGGAUGGUAAAGUUAGGUACAGAGACCUCCCUGUUCAAGGCCCCUGACAGCUGUCCCUGCCCUUCUUCCCCUUCCCUGACUGCAGGGGUUAUGUGGAAGUGUGUGUGGCAGCAAGCAGCAGGGAGGGGAGCAACGGGGAAGGGGGAGCUGGGGAGCUUGGCUGAGGGUCUGGGAAAUGAGCAGGGAUGGGGGGGAAUGUGGAUCAGGUUUACUAGCACCUGCCAGGGAGGCCAUCUGGGGCUCCUUCUCCACCCCAGCCCCCAAAGCAGCCCUUCCCCCAGUGCCCUUUGCAUUGUCCCCUCCCCCACCCCUGCUGUGGGUUCCCAUCAUUUCCUGUGUCAGCGCCUGGCCUACCCAGAUUGUAUCAUGUGCUAGAUUGGAGUGGGGAAGUGUGUCAAAUCAAUAAAUGAAUGAAUUCAAUAAAUGCCUAUAACCAGC